CCCUCCACCUCCUCUCCUGCUCCUCCCCUCCCGCUGCUCCUCUCCUGCUCCUCUUCUCCCGCGGCUCCUCACCCGCACUUCCUCACGGCUGCUGGCCCAGCUCCCGCUCGUGCCUCUCAGCCUCUGUGGACCCGCCACUAUGGCCGACAUCAAGACGGGCAUUUUUGCUAAGAACGUCCAGAAACGACUCAACCGAGCGCAGGAAAAGGUCCUUCAGAAGCUUGGGAAAGCUGAUGAGACAAAAGACGAACAGUUUGAAGAAUAUGUCCAGAACUUCAAACGGCAGGAGGCAGAGGGUACCAGACUUCAGCGGGAACUCCGAGGAUAUUUAGCAGCUAUCAAAGGCAUGCAAGAAGCCUCAAUGAAGCUUACCGAGUCUCUGCAUGAAGUCUAUGAGCCUGAUUGGUAUGGGCGGGAAGACGUGAAGAUGGUCGGUGAGAAAUGUGAUGUGUUAUGGGAAGACUUCCAUCAAAAGUUAGUGGAUGGGUCCUUGCUGACACUGGAUACCUAUCUGGGCCAAUUUCCAGACAUAAAGAAUCGCAUCGCAAAACGCAGCAGGAAGCUAGUUGACUAUGACAGUGCCCGCCACCAUCUGGAAGCUUUACAGAGCUCUAAGAGGAAGGAUGAGAGUCGAAUCUCUAAGGCAGAAGAGGAAUUUCAGAAAGCACAGAAAGUGUUUGAAGAGUUUAAUGUUGACUUGCAAGAAGAGUUACCAUCAUUAUGGUCAAGACGAAUUGGAUUUUAUGUCAAUACUUUCAAAAAUGUCUCUAGCCUUGAGGCCAAGUUUCAUAAGGAAAUUGCAGUGCUUUGCCACAAACUGUAUGAAGUAAUGACGAAACUGGGUGACCAGCAUGCUGACAAGGCCUUCACCAUUCAAGGCGCUCCCAGUGAUUCAGGUCCUCUCCGCAUCACAAAGACACCAUCACCGCCUGAGGAGCCUUCACCCAUCCCAAGCCCAACAGCUAGUCCCAAUCAUACACUGGUGCCUGCGUCUCCUGCACCAGCACGGCCUCGGUCACCUUCACAGACAAGGAAAGGGCCUCCUAUACCACCUUUGCCUAAAGUCACCCCAACAAAGGAACUGCAGCAGGAGAACAUCAUCAGUUUCUUUGAGGACAACUUUGUCCCACAAAUCAGUGUGACAACACUUUCCCAGAAUGAAGUCCCUGAGGUGAAGAAAGAGGAGGAGACUUUGUUGGAUCUGGACUUUGACCCUUUCAAGCCUGAGGUAGCCUCUUCAGGUUCUGCUGGAGUGACUCAGUCACCCAUGUCUCAGACAUUGCCCUGGGACCUAUGGACGACAAGCACUGAUUUGGUACAGCCGACUGACUCUUCAAAAAGUCUUUCCCUGUGUAACCUGAUCAUGGAGGAAACUCCAGACAGUGGGUUGGCUGAAGAAAUUCAAAGAUCUCACAUUGAUCUAGGUGCAUUUAUUUGGGGCCCUGAUGCUAGUACAGACAGCGUCAGCCAGGAAACUACCCGUGGUGGGUACCAGGAAGCCUAUGCACGUGUCUCUGAAGCAGAACAAGACAUGGGAUUAUCGACCAGGAAGUUUUCCUCUCUUGACUGGCACACUAUAGCUGGACAGGGUGAGAGUGUCCUGGGGCCAGGCCCUCCUUGUGGAAAUGAACAACUGUCCCCAAAGGCCAUGCCUGAGGCUGAAUUUGCUAUUGCAGCUUGUAUGGAGAUUGGGCAUCCUUAUGAUUCAUCUGACUCAGAGAUGCUAGCCCUAGAAACUGGUGGCCUAGUCAAAGAAAGUCCAGAAGAUGUUAAAAUGUCAGAAGAAGAGGAGGAGAAACAGAAGACAGAAGAUUCUAUGUGGGCAGUGGUGGAGACAUGUGAAAAGGCUCCUGAUGGUUCAUUUAAUGGAUUCACACAGCCCCAGGACACUUCAUUAUUUACAAUGUCAACAGAUCAGAAUAUGUUGCCUGAGACUGAACAGGCUCCACCAACAGAGUCAAAAGCAGAGGAGCCCCUUGCUGCUGCAGCAUCUGCUGUUGGGCUGGAUCCGGGACUGGACACCCAGGCUGAGGAGCCAGUGGAGGGGACAGUGAUCCUACCUGGAACUGAGGCUGAGGGAGCUGUUGGAAUGCUGGUGUUCGCAGCAGAGGGGGCCCCAACAACAGAAGCAGAAGCAGAAGCAGAGGAGGCUGAUCUUCAUCCUGGCAAAAGAGCAAGUUUAGAGGUUGAUACUGAAGCCACAGAGGUCAUGGGCAGUGACAGAACUCAAUCAGAAGACACAGAAACAGUAGCACCUCAGGAGAAGGUCAUCCCUUCCGUUGUCAUAGAGCCUGCUUCCAACAAUGAAGGGGAGGGAGACCAUGAAACAACUAUAGGUGUAGAGUCCAAGGAAGCAGCUGAAGACUCAGGUUUUCCGGACUCCACCAAGGAGAUGCCAGAGCUGGCCUCUGAGCAAAAGACCACUGAGGACUUCCAGCCAGCACCCUCUGCUCCAUCUGUAAGCCAGACCUCUGAGCAAGUGCCACCUGGCUUUCUCUACAAGGUGGAAGCACUGCAUGACUUUGAGGCAGCAAAUUCUGAUGAACUUACCUUACAAAGGGGUGACGUCGUGUUGGUGGUCCCCUCGGAUUCAGAGGCUGACCAGGAUGCAGGCUGGCUGGUAGGAGUGAAGGAAUCAGACUGGCUCCAGUACAGAGAUCUCGCCACCUACAAAGGCCUCUUUCCCGAGAACUUCACUCAGCGCCUGGUUUAGGGCCAAAAGUAUUGUAGAAAGAGCCUGGUUUGGAGGUUUUUAAGCCCUCAUGAAAACUUGCAGAAUUCACUUCUGCUAUUACAUUCCUGAUGAUUUACAGAUUGAUGCUGGACAAAGCUUGGAAGGACAUAUCAAUGGAGUGCAUGUGCAAAAAAACCUAAGGAAAAAAAGUAAAUGAAGGAGAAAGUCCCCAGUUGUUCCCAUGUUAUUAAGAAAGGAUUUGUCUGUGCUUUGUCCAAGCCAUGGUGACUCUGGUACUUGAUUCCCUCCCACCAACUGUAAAGUAGUUUUCUCCAGACCAGAACCUGAAUUUCUCUGCACCAAGCGUGUGGUAUUGAGAGGCUGCCCUGCAGAAGUCAAGAUGAACUACCCUGUAGUAAAGGAUUAUUUUUCUCCCUGGUGCAGGUGUGAGCCCAUGCAUUUGUGAUCUCUCUCUUCCCCUUUCAAGUUUACUAUGUUCAGAAGUAAACUGCUGCAGAAGUUUUUGAUGUUCUUUUCCAAAACUGCUCUCUCUCUCUACACACACACACACA